AUGUGUCAAAUUGGAAAACAAGCUGUAAAAAAAGAAACAACAACUCCUACGCCUAUGGAAGUUUAUGCAAACCUUGAACAGCUUAUUUCAAACCUAUCCGGCUCUUUGAACGAUAUUUUCAAACAGCAACAACAACUCGAUUUUAAAAGAAGGGUUGCUGUAAGAAAUGAGCAACUGUAUGGCUCCAAAGAUGGAAAUCAUCGAAAAAGUUUGAAAUAUUGGUCUGGAAGUCUUUCUGAAAAUUCAAUAUUGAGAAAUAACAACGAUCGGAAUGAAGCUGCAUUCAGAAAACGAGUAAUCGAAAAUCGCGAGCUUUUCUAUCAAAAACAACAACUGCCAGAAUAUCGAGGCGAUGAGGCAAAAAGUUUUGGAAAUGUUUUAAUUGGUGAAUAUGGUGGAGAAAAUCGAAAAGAUUUGCGAUAUUGGUUCAACACUCCACCUACUGCAUUGAAUUCAAGGAAACAAUUCAAAAAAACAAUUCAUGAUCGAGAAAUUUUCUAUCAACGUCAAAAACAAGAACGAUUCCGGGAGGAAGGUAGUCGAAUUUUUUGA